GGAGCCGACGGGCCGGCCUGGGGCCUCUCUAGCCGCUGCUGAGGGGAGGCGGGGGGGCCAUGGCGGCUCACAACCGCGCCCCGGCCGGCGCCCCCCGCUCCCCUUCCCCGAACCCCCACCUCUGGGGCGGCGAGGAGCCCGGCGCGGCCAACCCCUUCUCCUUCCAGGAGUUCGUGCGGAGCCAGGGCCGGCGCGCGGCCCCGCGCGGCGCCGGCGCCGGCGCCAAGGGCGCCGCCGGGCCGCCGCCCCCCGAGGCCUCGGGCCUGGGCCUGCGGCUCCCGGAGCCGUUUUUCCCGGACCCCAGCGCCGGCGACCCGCUGCUGGACGAGGAGGCGGCGGAGUGGAGCGGCUGCUACCAGCCCGCCGCCGUGGAGCGAGCCCGCUUGGCCGGGCCCGGGAGCGCCUCGCCGGGGCCCAGCGCCUCGGACUCCUUUUACUGCGACCGCCCGGACUGGUCGGGGCUGGAGGACUCCGCUCCCUGGCCGCUGGACGAGAGCGACCCGCUGGGCUACGCCGGGGACCGGAGCCUGGCGGCCGGGGCGGAAGCCGGAGACGGGCGUUAUCGCCCGCUGCAGCCCACCGUCCGGGAGCUACAAGAAGAAAAUGCCAGACUAAGAAGCAAGAUUGACCAGCUUCACUUCUUCUCUGAAACUCAGACAGACAAGGUAAAGAAGCUUGAAAAAAAACUAGACGAGAACAAGAUUAAAGAGCAAAAAGAGGCCCAGGAUCUAGAAGCAAUGGUGCAGCAUGUAGAACAGAAUCUCCAGUUGAUGACUAAACGGGCUGUGAAAGCAGAAAAUAACGUUGUAAAACUGAAACAGGAAAAUGCAUUACUUCAGGUUCAGCUGAAGAAUUACAAGACAGAGAAUGAAGCCUUGAAGACUGGCCAGUCUGCUAGUUUGGCUGUAGUGAAACAAAAUGCAGAUAUUGCUCUGCAGAAUCUUCUGAGAGUAAUUACAAAUUCACGAUCUUCAAUAAAGCAAUUGGUCUCUGGAGCAGAAUCAUUGCAGGUUGUUGCUGAACUCCUUAAAUCGAUAGACAGAAUUUCUGAAAUUUCAGAUGAUGGACCGUGAAAAAACCACUAAAGGAACUCAACCCAAAGAGUUCUGUUUACAUACCAAAAUCGCUAUUCAAAGAUUGUUUGCUUUAAUAUUUAAAAAAUGCUUUGUCUUAAAAUAUGCAACCUUUACCCUUAAUGUUUUUAUUGUGGGAGAACAGUUAUGUACUGGUGCAGUAUUACCCUUCCUUAUAUUGAAUCAACAGUACAAUGGCAGCCACUGGCUCUCCGAAACCUGAUCCAGCAAAGCAUAUACUUUAAGUGCUUUGCUGGAUUGGGACUUCAAGACCCAGCCUUUGCUCUUUGUGCAUUGCAGUCUCCCAUUAAAAUGAACUGGAGCACUGGACUCAAAACACUGUGCUCCCUGCAUUUUCCUCUCAUUCCCUCUAGUAGUGCUGUGUCAAAGUAUUUUAUAAAUGCUAGGAGCAAAUAAAUCUUUUCUGUGGGUUUUGUUUUUUGUUUUUUUGUUACUGCCAUGAGGGGUGAGAUAGGGGAAAAUAUUUUGAACUUUUGUAUAAUUAAAUAUGAAAAUGAGACUAUACCAUACAUAAUGCUUUAACAGUUUAGUACUUCCUAAAUAUAUUUAAAAAUGGCUUUUUAAUUGUAUUAGGUUUUGUAACAAUUUUUUUUAAAAAAAAAAAAAAAAGUAAAUUGCAAAUACUGCUGCC